AUGCGAAGUCUGCAGCGGAGCCACCUUUUAUUACAAAGUGCAGGGAAGUGCUCGCUCCUUCGCGUUGCCACCUCAGCUGCCGGCGCUUCAGAUGAUCGAAGUUCAACUAGCCAAAACCCCGGCACAAAGCACUUCAAUGUGCCGCCCAGCGCCGAGUUUGUCGCGAGGGUAUCCGGGAUCCCCACCAUGGGCAAGCUACCUUACCGGGACACUGCGGACGGCCUCGAUGCAGCCUUCAUCGGUGUCCCGAUUGACACUGGAACUUCCAACCGACCCGGAGCAAGGUUUGGUCCAAGGCAGAUCCGAGUGGAAUCAGCCUUGCUGAGGACCUAUAACAGUGGUACCAGAGCUGCUCCUUUUGAGUCUCUUGUGGUGGCCGACAUCGGGGGUGUCAAUGUGAACAUGUAUGACCUGAAGGACACAUGCAGACGCAUCAGGGAGACUUAUAGAAAGGUGCUGGCCUCUGGUUGCAUCCCUCUGACAAUGGGUGGAGAUCACACAAUUACAUAUACUAUCCUGCAAGCUGUAACUGAGAAACAUGGACCGAUGGGGCUGAUCCAUGUGGACGCUCACUCUGACACCAGUGAUGUGGUCUUGGGGGAAAAGAUUGGCCAUGGGACCCCGUUCAGGCGAUGUGUAGAGGAAGGCCUGCUGGACUGCAAGCGAGUGGUGCAGAUCGGCCUCAGAGGUUCAGGCUACUCUGCUGAUUCAUACGAGUGGAGCCGGGCCAAGGGGUUUCGGGUGGUGCAAGUGGAGGAAUGCUGGUUCAAAUCUCUGGUACCACUAAUGGCUGAGGUCAGGGGUCAAAUGGGCAGUGGUCCCGUGUACCUGAGUUUUGACAUUGAUGCUCUUGACCCAGGCUUUGCCCCUGGAACAGGGACACCAGAGAUUGCUGGGCUCACUCCAAUUCAGGGUGUUGAGAUUAUUCGAGGCUACCGUGGACUGAGCCUUGUGGGAUGCGAUCUGGUCGAGGUGUCACCACCCUACGACACAACAGGAAACACUGCACUGACAGGUGCCAACCUCCUCUUUGAAAUGUUGUGCGUCCUCCCAAAUGUUAAAUACUACUGAUCCUUUAUGACAACGUUUGUUUUAUUCUCCCCACACAGUACUCCCCCCUUCCAAGUACACACUUUUUAAGUACACAACUGCAUUAUUUUCAUAUAGUGUUUUGGUUGUGAUCUGCCGAAAACAACACCACAAGAAAAUGUGUACUACUUGAUUCAUUUAAAUGUGUAUCUUGAUAAGUAGGUUUGAAAUAAUUUGUGGAACAACUUUGCCAACAAAAUUUGUUGCUUUCCUUUAUUCUCUCAAUAGACUUACAUAACCAAAUACUGUCUUGCAUUAAGUAAGGAGGAUAGUUUGUGUAAAGAGGACCUGAGGACCAUUAAUUGUUACAAUAUCUUUACUGUUGGUUUAUGCUUACAAACUGGAGACGGGAAGAUGGAAAUAUGCUAAUUCCAAAUUCUGGAAAAUGUUACACUGUCAGACGUAACUUAAAAUGACAUGUGAGUCAUUCUGUUUGUCCCUGUAGAAUUUAAAGUAUCCAACUCUACAGGGCGUUGACCACCACAGAGAGCGGAAACAUUUCAUUUAUCACAGCUGCUUCCUGCAGCUGCUGAGUUUGAUUUCACUUGGACAGGACUGUAACAUGUAUUGUGUUAUCUUCACUACCGUGCCUGACCAGACCAGCUCCAAUAGUUUGCUUUGUUAAAUCCUGUUCAUGGUCACAGGUGAGCUUGAGUCAUCCCAUCCCAUUUUAGGUGGAUGGCCAAUCACAGUGCGCAUACUGAAGACAGACAAUUUACAAUUCAUGAAUUUUCUGUAAUGCUUAUCCUCUUCAGGCUUGCAGGGAGUUGGCUUCAGAUGAAUGGUGGACUAUAGUCUGGACCAUAGGUGGGUAGAGUAGCCAAAUAUUGUACUCAAGUAAGAGUACUGUUACUUUAAAAUAAUAUGACUCAAAGUAAAAAGUAGUCCUCCAAAUAUUUACUGAAGAGUAAGAAAGUACUCAGUCAAAAAACUACUCAAGUAAAGGGUAACUCGUGAGUACCUUCUGAAUUAUAAAAAAAAUAAAAAAGAACGUCAAAAAAAAAAAAAUAUAUAUAUAUAUAUAUAUAUAUAUAUAUAUAGGAAUCCACACACAGCUGCCACUAUUUCAAAUUUAAACUGCCCAAAAACACAUGCACAUGAAACACAACACAUGAAACAUGAUUUGCUUUAUUCACUUAAAUAACGUCAUGUAGCUGUUUGCUGACCACACUUAUUGAUUGUGUGUGUACGCGCGCGAGAGAAACUUUUGCAAUUUACCGCAAGGAGUUUUCUCAAGUUAGAAGUGGGCUGAAAUAUCAACGUUGGGCAGUCACAAUUUAAGACUGUCACAUGACAAAACCUUUUUCGGAUUCCAGUAAACACUUGCGCGGCUGUUUUUCCUCCCGAAAUUAGUCACUUUGAUUGGCCCACAAAGAGUUUAUGUGUGGUCAUGUGACAGCCUAGAGUCAAAUGACACUAGUGAUCAUGAAGAUGAAGUCUAAAAAUAGUUUGCGCACGCAAUAAUGGAGAAAUAAAACUAGCUAGCGGCAUGUCGAUCAUUGUAACAGAGUAAAAGUAUCGAUUUUUCACAUAAAUACUUAAAAGUCAAAAGUAUGGUUCAUUCAAACUAACUACUCUCACAAGUACAUCCAUCCAUCCAUUUUCCAUACCGCUUAAGUACAAUUUAUCCAAAAUGUUACUUUAGUAAAUGUAACGGAGUAAAUUUAGUGCAUUACUACCCACCUCUGCUCUGGACUGGUUGCCAGUCAAUCACAGCACUAUGGGAAAUUUAGAGACUUCAAUUAACCUGACAUGCAUGCUUUCGGAUUGUGUGAAGAGACUGGAAUACCCAUAGUAAACCCAUCCAAACUCCACACAGUAAGGCCAGAUUCAAAACCUGAACCUUUGACUGUAAUCAUAUCAUCACUGCGGUAUAGAAAACGGAUGGAGUUAAUGUUGACUGCGGCUUAACUGACUUAAGAUGACAUACUAUUUCACUGAUGCCCUAUUUCACUAAUGCCAUGAUAUGUUCAGUAUGUCUUAGGGGUGUCAUGAAGGCUCACUUCAUGUAGCCAAACAAGUCAUGCGAACAACACCUGAUGGGACAAACCGAAGUCGGUGGGAAGUGUAAUAUCUGUCUGACAGCUGUCAAUUAAAACAAUACAAAACAUGAUUUUGUCUCAUGUAUUGGAUCUCAUUAUGUUUUGUAAGUGUACCUUACAUUUUGCCCACCGAGUUUAUAUUCAGGAUUCAAUCAAUCAUUGUCGGCAACACAGGACCCAACGAUGAAGAAGUAUCCCGAACAGUCUUUUUAAGGAUAUAUUGGUUUUAUUUGGGUCCUAUAAUAAUCGGUUUGGUUUGCAUAACAGUUUCUUCCCAUGCACCAUGAGUGACCCAACUUUUCCAUUACUUUUAUAACAGGCUGGAGCUGCUGAGUUCAAGAGCUUCAUAUUCAAGAUUGUAAAAAUGUGACACCUAGUGCUGUGAUCUGUUGCUGAAAGGCUAGUUUUGAUAAGCACAUAAGUGCAGCUCAUUUCUAUUUCUAUCCAACCUUCAGCCUUUAAUUGGUAGCAGCUGUUGUGACAAAUCUGGUGGUGCAGUCGCUCUUCACACUGACUACUACAGACACAAAGAGAGGAUUCAUUCAGUCCUACAUAGGCCUGGCGCGGCCCAUGUGUUUGCAAACUCUGGUGACACACCGUUAAUGUGUGUAAUUAUGUUUAAUCUCAUGAAAGUGGCGCUGAACUCCAUCGGCCAUGGGACUCUUGGAGGGUGUGUAUUAUUAUUUUUCACUCCACUAGAGGACGCUUGAUGCGCGAGCGUUCAUUUGGUGGGACCUAUUGGAGGUAAACAAAAUUGAAGUAGUUACAGAACGUCUACGUGUUGUAGUGAUUUGCAGAUCCUGUUUCAGUAUGCACAAUGUGAUUGCAAUUUUUAAAACCGGACCAUUUAUUUUAUAUUUGUUUUUAUGCUUUCAAGAAAAACGGGGAAUAUAAUACAAUUUGCUUUGUCCAUCAACCUGAUUUGAGAUGCUUUGUCAUGACCUCAAAACAGCUCCCAGGAAUCUGGCUGAACUGCAACAGUUUUGUA